AUACAAUAUCUUUUCUCCUUUUCUUCAUAUCUGAAAUGUUCAUCAUUUAUGGGGUGGGCCUACGAAAUACAUCCAAAGGUUCAGAAUAGUUCGAGAGACCAUUUCCACCGUUGAUUUAAAUUUCCCACCUCAAAAACAUCGACGAUCACAUUACACUGUACAUUUAUCAGCGGAACCCUCAACUUCGGUUAUUAUUUUGACUUCCCGCAGUACCCAAGUUGAGCAGCAGGCGACCCCACCGACGACGGAUCUCCGCUUCCGGUAAGAAGAUCAAAAUGUCCGGCGUUACGAGUCAAGCUCCAGAGGAAGAGAAGAAGCCUGGAGAUCAACAUAUCAACCUCAAAGUUAAAGGGCAGGAUGGGACUGAGGUGUUCUUCAGGAUAAAAAGGAGCACCCAGUUGAAGAAGCUCAUCAAUGCUUACUGUGAGCGCCAAUCUGUUGAUUUAGCCGCAAUGGCGUUUCUGUUUGAUGGCCGUCGUCUCCAGGGAGAGCAAACUCCUGAUCAGCUCGAAAUGGAAGAUGGGGAUGAGAUUGAUGCAAUGCUGCACCAGACUGGCGGUUCUGCUUAUUAGACGUUGAUGGAUGCUGUUGAAGUAGGAGGAGCUCGCAUAGUUAUUUUAAAAUAUCGAAUCCGUGUAUAUAUUUAUUUGUAUUAGUCUUCAAGUCCUGAUUUCUAACUUCUGAGGUAUGGGUUCUUUCCUGGAAUUGGUGGUAUCAUACGGCUGAAUUGUGUGUUCGUCAUUGUCGGUAAGCCUAGUUCAUUCACUUUUAGUUGCUUAGGGUAAGGAACUCGAGUAGUUCUAUUUUGCGUGUUAUUCCUCCUCUGCGACCUGCAUAACUACAUUAUAUGUGUGUUCAGUAACCUAGUGAUUAUGGGGAUUCUUAUUGGUCUCUUUUUGAUCAUUAACCGUAUUGUGACAUAGUUGCGUUCUUGUUGCACUCCUUUAUGGCACAUGUUAUUGACAUUAAUCAGCCUGAUUUGUUGCUUGCAACUGCUACCAUGUCAGCAUAGCCGCAUGGGCAGUAAGUUUGGUCUCUUAUGUCAUUGUAAAAGAUCCGGUAGUAUCCUGUCAGAUGUGUGUUUAUAGACACGGUAACAUUGUGGCUAAUGUGUUUUUAAAGAAAUAACAUACGGUUGAUAUAGUCUAACUCAUAUAGCAGUAGAAAUUCUGGUACCUUUAUAGGGUGUGAAUGGCGGUAUAAUGUUUUUGUUUACCUGAUAGCUUCAUUUCCUAAAUUUUACUGUAUUGCAAGUGAAUAUGAGAUUCUCAACACUUGGAUGCUCUCUGCCAUUGAUUGCUGUAUGAGUUAUCACAAAAUGAAACCGAACGCCUGGGGUAAAGUUCUAACAAGAGAGUUUGUUUCCAUUUGCUUUUACUUUUCCGUGAUCUUUCGUUCCCAUUUAGCUUCUUGUAAAAGUUUACUGGUCUGAUCAUUCAGAACUUUCUUGAAUCUUGUUACCUACUGGACAAGGACACCAGAUAGCUAGCCGUAAAUACCAU